CACCGUAGAUCGAAUCCGUUCACGGCACCCAGGUCAGACCUCGUCGACCUGGUCAAGUGAGGCUCAAGAUCCCCACGCCAUGGCUGCCCAGCCUUUCGAUGCGGCCCAGUUCCACGCCCACGUCUACCAGAUUGUCCGCCUUAUCCCAUCGGGCCACGUAACUUCUUACGGCCACAUCGCCCGCCUUGCCGGAUCUCCCAGCCACUCCCGAAUGGUAGGCUCAGCCCUCAAGUACCUGCAGGACGACUCGGUCCCCUGGCAAAGGGUCAUCGGCGCUAGUGGGGCGAUCAGCGAAAGGGGCGACGGCGGUCAAGGAGCGAGACGACAGGCAGACAGACUUAGAGAGGAAGGAGUCGAGGUAACGGAGCCUCAAGGAGCAGGAGUCGGGGUGGGGGGACAGUUCAAGGUGUCUCUCUCUACGUAUGGCUGGUUCCCCGAAUCGGUACAGCUUGAAGAUGAAUGACGGCCGCGACAUAACACAGCGAACGAGUCCUAGAAUCCCAACUCUGUCAGGAGCAACAUUGUCACGGCCCUCUAUCGCACAUUGUCACGACCGUCUAUCGCGUGAUCUCGUUGACGAUUCAAUUGUUUGGUGAUGACAGAUUGUGAAUGCGAAUGUAGUAUGAACAAAGGCGCGAU